AUGUCCUCGUCACCAAGGAACGUCAAGCAUGGCAACAAGCCAGGUGAGCUGAAGCAAGCAUGGUUGCAGCAAGUCGCUCAACGCGUGAAUCUGACUAGUGAGCAGAUCCUGAGCGGCGAAUCGAAGAACAUAGCCUGGGGCAACCUGCUACAGCUUCUGGAGAAAUUCGACUCCAGUGAGAUUGUGGAGAGAGCGAACCGCAAUCGCGAUGCUGACGACGAGCUGACGGAGCAGUUGCUCCGCAACAGGUGUUGCGUGGCUGUCGAAAGCUGGUCGAAGAUCUCCGGAACCCACACGGCUAUUCGACUCGAGUUCAUUCUCAACGAUCGACGUGUCAGGAAUGGACUGAAGCCGCUUGUACCAUCGUGGUUCCCGAACAGUGCCUCUGUGACACAGAGAGAAAGUCUCACACAGAGGCUGAGGAACCACUUGGUGGAGAAGAGACAGGCCGACCCUACUCUCGUUAACCCCGACCAGUCGGCGCCAUGGGAUCCAGUCGAUGUGAACAAGCCGAAGUUCACAUUCAAGAGCAAGACGCGAUGGUUCGAUCCCACAAUCUAUGACAGAACACCGCUCCAGAUCAGCACCCUUCGAGAAGCGAAGCGCCCAAAGUGCCAGUCGCAGCAAGGAGAGUCGACGCGAUCGGAGAGCUCACUGCCGAGCAAUGCUCGUCCACGAAUGAUGCCUUCGAGGACCGCCUCUGCUGCUCGAUCCGGUGUGGUCAAGGGAGAGACAGAGCCACCACUAACGCCUUUCAUGGCUACGUUGGCCGGAAUCUCGAAGAAGCGGCCGGAGUCGACGAAGCGCAAGCACGAAGAGCUUGAGGAGGGAGAGAUCCGAGAGUAA